UGCCUUGCAACGUUGCCUUUUACUGAGACACACCGAAGAUAGGUACAAAUAGAGCCUUCGCUUGGAAUAUGAUGAGAAGCUGCUAAAGCCAAGCGCAAACCAGCCAUGUCGAGGAAAAAACCAAGAACUCGAAGCACGCUCGCCGAGAAACCAGAUCUCUUCGACGAUUUGCCGGACGAUCUCGUCGUCUUCAUCCUCUGCAAGCUCAGCGCUUCCGCUUCUCGCCCCUCCGAUCUCGUCGGCAUUCUCGUCACAUGCAAGAGACUGAACCGGUUAGGUUUACAUCCUCUGGUUCUGUCCAAAGUCGGGCCAAAAGCUCUCGCUAUGAAAGCCAAAAACUGGUCCGACUCCGGUCACUAUUUUCUCAAACAGUGCGUUGACGCCGGCAACGUUGAAGCCUCCUAUACUCUCGGAAUGAUCCGAUUUUAUUGUUUACAAAACCGAGGGAGCGGCGUCUCGCUGAUGGCCAAGGCGGCGAUUAAGUCCCAUGCGCCGGCACUGUACUCGCUGGCGGUGAUACAGUUCAACGGCAGCGGUGGCUCAAAGAGCGACAAGAACCUCCGAGCCGGCGUGGCUCUGUGCGGCCGAGCGGCCUUCCUUGGCCACGUGGACGCGCUCCGUGAGCUCGGUCAUUGCCUCCAGGACGGUUACGGAGCGCGCCAGAACAUCACGCAGGGACGCCGCCUUCUCGUCCAGGCCAACGCGCGCGAGCUAGCGUCCGUUCUACGAUCCUGCUCCUCGCCGACGUGGCACCGGUCACAUCCGUGGGUGAACAGUUCGGGCUGUGGGCUUCUGAGCGACUUUGGGUGCGACGUGCCGGCGCGAGAGGUGCACCCGGUGAACCAGUUCUUGAAGGAGUGGUUCGUGUCGGGGCGUGGGGAGCUGGGUCAGGAGCUAAGGAUGUGCUCGCACAGCGGGUGCGGGCGACCCGAGACGAGGCCGCACGAGUUCCGUCGGUGCUCUGUGUGUGGAACGGUGAAUUACUGCUCGCGUGGGUGUCAAGCGCUCGAUUGGAAGGUGCGGCAUAAGGCAGAGUGCGUGCCCAUGGAGCGGUGGUUAGAGGCGGACGGGGGUGGUGGAGACGAGGUUGGAGAUGUUGUUGAAGGAAUGGUGGUCGGGGAAAUUUAAUGGUAAAGAAUUAAGUGUUAAUGAAAUUUAGUGUUAUUUAAUUGGGUGAAAUUUGAAUUUUUUUUGUUACUUCUAAUUAAGGUUUUGUUUCUGUACAUAAUGGGAAAAUAUAAUUUUUGGAAA